UAAGGGCUCCGUUAAUGAUUGACAGGCAUUUCAAAGGUUUCUGCCCACUUUCCAGCCAAUCAGAGCGGAGGGGGCGGGACCUUAGGCUAAUCUUAACAAAAUGGCGACUGUUGUUGUUUUGCCGCAGGGUCUCUGAUUAAAUCCGUUUACCGUUUCGGCUCAUUUCUGCACCUGCAGUGCAGAAGUCGUGCUAAGAAAAGGCCACGAACCGGAAGGCUCGACUCCGCCCGGACUGAAAUGAAAGGCAAAGAGCGGUCGCCGAUUAAAAAACGGUCCCGGGCCUUGGAAGAUAUUCGAGACAGGGGAGGAUGUCAUCCGACCAGCAAGAAAAUGGGGGCUCUGUCCGUUUCCAGCGGGAGUAAUAAUGGGAACACCUCGACAAAAGGCGACGGCGGCUCGACGAGACGGAGUCUACUCGGCGACAAAAGAGAGAGAGACUUCGACGGCCACGGCCGGACGGGAAAUAACCACAGCUGUCAGUCCGCUGCGGGUAAAAACCACAGCCUGAGCCUCACGCUGGACUUAGCCUCGCCGAGGGGCGUCUCUUCGCGAGCGGAGCAGCGGCUCCAGCCGCCCAGCGCGGAGAGUGAGUACAAAACACUGAAAAUCAGCGACCUCGGCUCCCAGCUGAGCGACGAGGACAUAGAGGACGGACUGUUUCACGAAUUCAAAAAGUUCGGCGACGUGAGCGUCAAGAUGAGCCGCAGCAGCGACGGACGGAUCGCGUUUGUGAACUUCAGGAAGCCGGAGGACGCCCGAGCCGCGAAGCACGCCAGGGGCCGGCUGGUGCUCUACGACCGGCCGCUGAAGAUCGAGGCGGUCUACGUUAACCGGAGACGGAGCCGAUCCCCGGUCGAGAGGGACUUGUACGUGGCGGCUCAGAGUCACAGACAUCUGCAGAGACCCCUGUCGCCCACUGGGCUUGGAUACAGAGACUACAGGCUGCAGCAGCUGGCUCUGGGACAGCUGCCCCCGCCCCCGCCGCCGCCCCUGCCCAGGGAUCUGGAGCGGGACCGAGAGUUUGCUCUGUUUGAAGCCAGGGCGCGUCCCGCUUUCAUUGCAGAGCGGGCGGCGUUCAGAGAAGAGGAUUUUAUAUCUCCCGAAGACGACCAAAGAGCCAACAGGACGUUGUUUCUGGGAAACCUGGACAUUUCUGUCACGGAGGCGGACCUGAGGAGGGCUUUUGACAGGUUUGGGGUCAUCACCGAGGUGGACAUAAAGAGACCCACCAGAGGACUAACUAGCACCUAUGGAUUUCUGAAAUUUGAGAACCUGGACAUGGCUCACCGUGCCAAGCUUAGUAUGUCUGGCAAAAUCGUGGGUCGCAACCCCAUAAAGAUAGGUUAUGGCAAACCCAUGCCCACCACACGCUUGUGGGUGGGGGGACUUGGACCCUGGGUACCUGUAACUGCCCUGGCCAGAGAGUUUGAUCGCUUUGGGACAAUAAGGACCAUUGCCUAUAGAAAAGGGGACACUUGGGCUUACAUUCAGUAUGAAAGUUUAGAUGCUGCACAAGCAGCUUGGACACACAUGAGGGGGUUUCCCUUGGGAGGACCAGAGAGACGGCUCAGGGUGGACUUUGCAGACUCUGAGCAUCGCUACCCGCAGCAGUUCCUGCAGCCUCUCCCCAUAGCGCCAUUUGACAUGGUGGCCGAGUCAUUCGUUCACCGUGCCACGCCCGAACCUCUUCGGGUCAGAGACAGGACUCCUCCACCACUUCAUUUCAGGGACAGAGAGCUCUUCCCUGGAGCCGACUGGCCCAAUCCCGCCAUCCGGGAACGGGUGCGGGCCUCGCCUUUUGAGCCUCUGGAACAUUUGGAGCGGCGUACAAGGGAGCCGUGGUCUCUGGAACGAGAGCUGCAGGGACGAGAACCUAUACGCAAGCGCCGUGCAGUGGAGGAGGGACGCCAUCUGGACCUCUCCCCGGACAGCACUGAGAGAACAGUAAGACGUAGACGAGCCUCCCCAGAGGGGAGUCCCGGUGGCAGCAGCAGAGAGGGGGGGCGCUUCAGUGAUUCAGAGCGCCCCAUGCGAAGUGAGAGAGCCUCUCCAGUGAGAGAACGCCAAAACAGCCUCGAGCGGGUUGGGACAGAACGGCGGCUCAAGAGCCAGGUUCUGUCUGAUAAAGGACCAUCAGGUAUUGCGGGGGCAGCAGCUGGAGAACGCAAGCGUAAAGCAGUUGACGGUGGCAAAGGGCCGGCCAAGAGAGAACGCUCUGAAAGCAGCUCCAAGGGAGGUCUGCCGUCCAAGGUGGACGGCGCCAAACUCGGUCUAGCUUGGCAAGGCAUGCUGCUCCUGAAAAACAGCAACUUCCCAGCCAACAUGCACCUGCUGGAGGGCGACCACAGCGUGGCCAGCGACCUGCUGAUGGACAGCGCGACAGGGAGGCAGGUGAGCGAGCUGAAGAUCACGCAGCGUCUCCGCCUGGACCAACCCAAGCUCGACGAAGUGUCCCGCCGCAUCAAGGUGGCAGGUCCCGGCGGCUACGCCAUCCUGCUGGCCGUUCCUGGAGCCACGGAGGAGUCGCUCUCGGACUCCGCGGCUUCGACCCAGCGGCCGCUCCGCAACCUGGUGUCCUACCUCAACCAAAAACAAGCAGCCGGAGUCAUCAGCCUGCCCGUGGGGGGCAGCCGGGAUAAAGACAACGCAGGGGUCCUUCAUGCUUUCCCCCCCUGUGAUUUCUCCCAGCAGUUCUUAGAUUCGCCUGCCAAAGCUCUGGCAAAAAGCAAAGAGGACUAUCUGGUCAUGAUCGUGGUUCGUGGCGCAUCAUAAAAAAGUGACCGUACACUACAAUGAAGCGGCAAUUAGAAGAAAAAAAAAUCUGCUGUCAGUAAUUAUUGCAUGCUGUGUGUUCUGCAUCCUGGGGUACAGUAGUGUGCUUCUCCAGUGUUUGAAUGUUGCCAUAUAACCCACUAAACGGACAAAUGGUGCCCUUCUAUACAA